UAUCUUCGGCCUGGUUCGACUUGCUUGAGUAACCCAGAAAGUGAUGAAAGAAGCAGCUUGGAGACUCCGUUGCUCGCUGGUGAGGCACAUUGAAGCACCUUUUGGGACUUAGACAUAAAAAUUUGAAGUCACUAUGAUGAUGGAUUUAUACUUUGGAGUCAGCCGAGUGUGCUUGAAGUGACUGGUAGAUUUUUGCGUGAAAUGGAUACUUCUGCUCUACCUCCGAGGUGGUUUCAUGGGAAGAUUAGACUGCUCUUCAUUUUAAUUGCUGUGUUAGUUGUUUCACAAUGUCUUGCAUUUCCCCUCUGGACAACAUUUUCUCUAUUCCAUUCUCAUAGACCUUCACCGGCACCGCCUGUUGAAUUUGCCUUCCCUGCAAUCAGAAAGGGGGAUAUGUCUGGACCAACCAUAAUCAGUCCCCUGCCUAAAGUUAUUUAUGCCUCUAGUUCAAAUGCUUUUGGGAAAGAAGCUGCUAUAAGCUAUGAAUUGGUAUCUGAUGGAGACAGGGACUCAAGAAAGGGAUUCAUUUUUGAGAAACGUGAAGUGCUUGAUAAGAGUUUUAAAGUGGAAGAUGUUGAAUAUGUAAAUUCCAAUUUCACUCAAAAAGGACCCAAGCAUGCACAAGGUCUCAUAGGGCAGACUGGACCAGUUGAUGAUAACAUUAGUUAUGUGUUCUAUGCCCCUGAAGCACACAGCAAAAUAGUAUUUGGUAAUAUUCAAGGUAAGGUGGAUAGCAAGCAAGUUAUAUCAAAAGGAACUCCUUCAGAGGUUAUCAAAUAUAUGAAAGCAGGUUUGAGCUCAUCUGAUAUGUUACUUACUGUAUCUUCAAAUCGAAGCGGAAUGCAAAGUGUGGUGGAAAUGGAACAUGAGAAUGAAAAGACUGAGCUAUUAGAAUCUACUUUGCCCGUCUUGAGAAAUAAAUCUAUGAUGGGUAUCCUAUCCACAAGGAAUAAGUUGAUUCAGCCAGCAUCAAUAACACAGAUGAACUCUUUAUUGCUUCAGACUUACAAUUCUUCUUCAUAUAUGAGGCCAAGAUGGUCAUCUCAACGUGACCGUGAACUAUUAUCUGCAAAAGUAGAUAUUGCAAAUGCCCCCGUCAUAGCAAAUCCUUCAGGACUCUAUGCACCUGUAUUUCGAAAUGUUUCCGAGUUUAUAAGGAGUUAUGAAUUGAUGGAGCGCAAGCUUAAAGUUUAUAUAUACAAAGAAGGAGAAAAACCUAUAUUUCAUCAACCAAAGAUGAGAGGACUUUAUGCUUCAGAAGGAUGGUUCAUGAAAUUGAUGGAGGCAAAUAAAAAUUUCAUUGUCAGGGAUCCCCGAAAAGCUCAUUUGUUUUACCUACCAUUUAGUACACAAAUGCUAAGGAUUAAUCUUUCUGGACAAAACUUCCAAAUUAAGAAGAUGGAGCAAUAUGUUGAAAGAUAUCUGGAAUUAAUUGCCAAAAAAUAUCGCUUCUGGAACAGAACUGAGGGAGCAGAUCACUUUUUUGUUGCUUGUCAUGAUUGGGCCUCCCGGAUCACAAGGCGGCCAAUGCAAAAUUGCAUCAGGUCUCUUUGCAAUGCUAAUAUUGUUCAAGGAUUCAAGAUAGGCAAGGACACAUCUCUACCUGUUACUUAUAUACAUUCUACGAUGGAUCCAAUAAGAGGUAUUGGAGAAAAACCUCCUUUGGAAAGACCUAUUCUUGCCUUUUUUGCAGGAGGCUUGCAUGGUUACCUCAGAGAAAUUCUACUAAAACACUGGCAGAAUAAAGUAACUGACAUGAAAAUUUUCGGUCCGAUGCCACGGGACCUGGAAGGUAAAAGAACUUACAGAGAAUACAUGAAGAGUAGCAAGUAUUGCAUAUGUGCUAGAGGUUAUGAGGUUCACACCCCAAGAGUAGUGGAAGCCAUUAUGUUUGAGUGUGUGCCAGUUAUCAUAUCAGAUAAUUAUGUGCCUCCUUUCUUUGAGGUAUUGAAUUGGGAAGAAUUUGCUCUAUUUGUUCAAGAAAAAGAUAUCCCUCGUCUAAGAAACAUACUUCUCUCAGUAACAGAAGAGAAGUACCAGGCAUUGCAGUUAGGAGUAAAGAAGGUGCAGAGGCAUUUUCAGUGGCACAGAAGUCCUGCCAAGUAUGAUUUAUUUCAUAUGAUUCUUCACUCAGUAUGGUUCAAUAGAGUUUCUCAGAUCAGACCCAGGUGAUAAUAUCUCUGGAUUAAUUGAAUGAAGCUUGAUUUGUUGGAGAAAGUUAGCAUAUGACAUAAGAGCAGUGUGAUGUUCUGAAGCUUGGCAUUGAAACUACAUUCACUGAAAUAGUUAUCUGGGUUCAGGCCGUGGCACGUAAUCUGUUUGGUUGUGGUUUUAUUGAUCUGGUCAGUGCCUGUUCAAGACACAAAUCUUGUUCCCAUCUCAUGUAUAUAACAGGACUUAUAAGCGGGGUUACUGAAUUGCUCUGUUGCAUGCAAUACAAUGAGAAGUGUAGGACAAAUUGAAUGGCAAGUUGCCUUAAUAAGAGCACUACUCGCCACGAUCAGGUCUCAAACGCAAGAUUGCCUUAAUA